AUGGCUGGCGGCAAGUCUCGACGUCACCAUCAUCAGCUGCCAUUAGCGGUUGAAGACGAAGAAUCUCAGACGGACACCGAUACCGAGACCAACAACGGCUUCUAUGUUUCUGGACCAGAAGCAGCAGCGAUCAUGGCCGAAUACAUGAUUGACCAACAGGAGCACCCAGACAGUGAAGAUGAACAUAUCGUGCCCACCGAUUCCUACGAUAUCAACAACGUUGACUUGAUUGAACCCAGAUUCUCAGUCGGCCAAAUGGUGUGCAUCCGACAGGAGGGACCAGACUCAUCGACACUCGGAAAAAAGAACAAGGACGAUGGAAGUUACUGGUCAGAGUCAACAUAUCACAUCCUCGCUGCAAGACGGCGCUGUGGUUUUCCUUCACAGGACGAGAAGUCAUGGACCGAGGAGGAAUGGGAGGAGGAGCAGAUGACUGCGUCACGCGAGGCCAUUCCUGACGACAGCUUUGAUCACGACUGCGUUGGUGCCGACGGAAACGAACCCUGUGAUGGGUGUGACUUACGUGAGAAGUAUGAAUGGUGCUACAAGCUCUGGUACAAUAGUGGCCAAUUUCCCCUCUUUCCUGGGACUCUCUCGCCUUGGUUCGCUGCAGGAUGGCUGGCGUUCAAUGCCGAAGAAGACUAUCAUCCGCCAGACCUCGAGGCCGAUGGGGGAAAUUGCAUGGAAGGUGAAAGCAUUGGUGACAUAGAUGGGAAUUAG